GAAACUUAUCUUCAAAAAUAACAACACUACCACCCUUUAUAAACAUCAUUUUCAAUCAAAAUUAUCUUCAACAAAUAUUGCAUUCAUUAGAACAUUGUAUUUUCUACUAUCGUUUCCAACAAACACCAUCCUUCGACAUGAAGAUCAUCAUUGUCGGCUCGGGAGACACACUUGGGGCGGAACUCGUCAGACAAGCUUUUGCCAACCCCACCAUCACAUCUGUAGUAGCUAUAGCACCGGAUCAGACGGAUCCAUUGCCAUACCACCAUGAUGAUCCAAAAUUGAUAUCUCUCAUACUUCCCUUGGAUGUUCAAGGCAUGAGCAAAGCAAACAACGAAACUUUUGGAAGCAGUGCUUGUAUUUGGAACGUUGGACCAAGAACGAGGGGAUGGAGAAAUAAAAUUGGAAUAGACGAUGCAGCAUCAUGUAUCUUCGAACUACUGUCUGGAAUCACAUGGAUAAAAAGCCAACGGGAAGAAUAUCUGAGAAACCCCAACGGCUUGUCGUACUCAAACGUCGCUUUCCGCUUUGUCUACGUGAGCUCUUCGACCUCUAUGUCACCUCAGAAGCUGAAGAGAGUCCCGAAUUUGUCUGCGGUACAGGAUGCAAUAGAUAAACUAGUUCCGCCCGCAUUAGAAGUAUCACAAAGAAGAGUGGAGUCGUACAUCGCAAAGCCGGGAAGCAUCAUAGAACCCAGGUCCGCCAAUAAUUUGGGAAGAAUGAUGAAAACUGCUGGAUCAUGGCUCAAAGAUGGUUUUGCGUUUCGAUCCAGAAUUAAAUUGAGAGAGGUUGCAGCAGCGCUUGUCGAACUGGCAGCUAAGGGCAAUCAGAAUGAUGUAUUUUCUAACAAAGAUUUGAUUAAACUCGGAGGAGGUGAAUAGAGAUGGAUAACACGUGGUAGUUAGUGGUGGUGGAUUGGGAUGAGGCAAACCAGACAGUUUAAACCACUGGAGAAGCCUACUUCCAGACCAUAUUUAUGCAUCGGUACAGCGUUUACAAAGUAGCACUUUAGUGCAAUACUUAGCAACAUAAAUAUACUAUCAGCAGAAAUGAUUGGUUGUUUGA